GGAUGCCGGAGGUGACUUUUGACUCUUAAUGUUUUUUGUGGGAGGAAGAUGUUUUAAUGUUGGAGUGAAAAACUAAAUAAAACCGGAAUAACCGAUUUAUUCGGUAGGUAAUGAGAAUUAAAUUGAUGCCAUAGUGGAACUCUGCCAGGAAAGAAGUGGAAAUGGCAACUGAAAUCCAGGAGACGAUAUUUAUGGCCAAAAAGGAGCGCCACAAGAACCUCUUUCUGAACUACAGGAACCUGAAUAAGUUCCCAGUGGAACUGCUGAAGGAUGAAGGCCUGCAGUUCCUGGAGAGACUGUACAUGAAGAGGAACUCACUCACUACGCUGCCUGACAAUCUCGCUCAGAAGCUCCCGAAUCUGAUAGAGCUGUAUUUGCACUCAAACAACAUCGUCAUUAUUCCUGAAGCUAUCGGAAACCUGACCAGGCUGCAGUCUUUGGACCUGAGUAACAACGCCCUUCAGCUCCUGUGCCCAGAGGUGGGCCGGCUCCGAUCUCUGCGCCACUUCCGGUUGUCCAAUAACAAGCUGAAAUGUCUCCCUCCAGAGGUCGGCAACCUGCACGAAUUGGAGAGUCUGGAUGUGUCGAUGAAUCAUCUGAUGUCUCUGCCCGAUCGCCUGCACCGCUGCGCUUCUCUGCAGAAUCUGACUGUGGACCACAACCUGCUGAGCCACAUCCCCCGGCAGAUCUGCUGUCUGCACCGCCUGAACCAGCUCUCCAUCGCCGCCAACCGCCUGACGUUCUUACCGCUUGAUCUGGGUAGAUCACGAGAGCUGCAGUUUGUGUUUGUGGACAACAACGCAGACCUUAAAGGACUCCCGUCCUAUUUGUACAACAAGGUCAUCGGCUGCAGCGGGUGCGGGGUGACAUCCCGGGUGCUGGACGGCGAGCUGGGUGUGGCGCUGGGUGAGGUGCUAGUCAGCCUGCCAGCCGAAGUGAAGGUCGUCGGCCUUGAGACGGAUGGUGUGGUUCCUCUGGAGGAGCUCGCAAUGAGGACGCUGCACCACAUGUUCCACCAUAACCCAGCAGCAGACCUUGGCCUCCCAAAGAGCCUCUUGGAUCUGCUUCAUUUUCCGAUGGGUCACUGUCACCGCUGCAGCCAGGCCAUGUUCACCGUCAUCUACCCCAAACUCUUCCCUCUGCGGGACACUGCUCUGGCUGGCGUGCACCGCAGCACCACCGUGAGCUUUGUGGCUUAUUGCUGCUCCAGUCACUGCCUCCGGGCUUUUGACCUCCAGGGAUGACAUCACAUCCUUGGCCCAGCCUCUGUCCAUUCAGGAGCUGCUGAUUGGUUUGUAAAAUGUGAUGGCUGACUGUCAGGAAGAAGUAGCCAGUGUGGAUUCUGAGUGGGAACAGCUGAUGGAAACAGAAUCCAAGCGACCGGAUGUGACCGCGCAAACUUAACAGGGAAGUCAGCAACAGUUGACCUUGACCUCACGUAGAAGUGGCCAAAGAUGAUGAACCAGAGAAAAAUAUUUCACACCUUUGAGGGGAAAAAUUUAUUUUUCCACUGGAUGUUCACGAUUGCUGAAAGAGUGCGAACUGUAGAAGAAUGUGCCUUUAGUGGAAAAUACUGAACUCCAUGUUGGAUGUCAGAGUCACAUGAUUGAUUAAACAGAUGUUAUGUCGCGCAUGAACCCGAUUCGUUAAAUAAAUGUCAUGUUGCAGGCAAACAUGAUUCAUUAAACAGAAAUUAAUGUCAUGGACAGACCAGUUUCUUUAUCAAGAUGUUACGUUGUGGACUGACCUGAUUAGUUAAACAGAUGUUAUGCCGCGGUCUGACCGAAUUCAUGAAACAGACAUAUCGCGGAGCGGCCCGAUUUGUUAAACAGAUGUUAUGUCGUGGAGGACCCAAUUUGUUAAACAGACAUUAUGUUGUGUUCAGACCCCAUUUGUUAAACAGACGUUAUGUCGCACACUGACUGGAUUUGUUAAGCAAAAGUUAUGUCGCAGACGUGCCCGGUUUGUUAAUAAGACAUUAUGUCGGGAAUUGACUGAAUUCGUGAAACAGACAUGUCACGGAGGGGCGCGAUUUGUUAAACAGACAUGUUGCAGACGGACUUGAUUCGUGAAACAGACGUUACGUCGCGGACUGACCUGAUUUGUUAAACAAACGUUGUGUUGCGGACUGACCUGAUUUGCUAAACAGACGUUAAUGUCGCAGACUGACCUGAUUUUUUUAAACAGACAUUAUGUCGCGGACAACCUAAGCAUCUUGUUCAGCGGAAUGUUUUUAAUUAUUGUCGCUGCACUUGUGAUGAACUUUUUGUGUGUUGUGGAAAACCUGCAGAAACAUUUGACAUUUAUCUCACUCAGCUUGAAGAGAUUUUCUGUUUUGUGGUCCACCGAUAAUGAGGUUUGCACAUCACGUGACCUUUGUGAAUUGAUGUGGUAGAGUGUUAAUUUAUCGGUGGAUUUGUUUGUUAGUAAAUGAUGACUGAAGGUAA